AUGUUAAUAACAACUCGCACGCCAACUCUCGGCACCGCAUCCUCACUCCUGCUCACCCACCGCCACCGCCUCCUCGCCGCCCGGACCCUCUCCGUCUCCGCCGCCGCCGGCUCCUCCUCCACCCCCGUCAAGAUGGCACGGUCAGCGCUGGACGAGGUCACCGACACCGGCGCUUUCGACAGGUCGCCGUCCACCUUCCGGAGCUCCAUCUCCAGGGACGGCCGGUUCCCCGCCGUGGCGGGGCGGUACCACCUCUACGUCUCCUACGCGUGCCCCUGGGCGUCCCGGUGCCUCGCCUUCCUCAAGCUCAAGGGCCUCGACCACGCCAUCGGCGUCACGGCCGUGAAGCCCAUCUUCGAGCGGACCAAGGAGACCGACGACCAUCUGGGCUGGGUGUUCCCCGCCACCGCCGACGAGGAGCCUGGCGCCGAGCCGGACCUUCUCAACGGCGCCAGGAGCGUCAGGGAGCUCUACGAGAUCGCCAGCACCAACUACGCCGGCAAGCCAACCGUCCCCGUCCUGUGGGACAAGCAGCUCAAGACGGUGGUGAACAACGAGAGCUCCGAGAUCACCCGGAUGCUCAACACCGAGUUCAACGACAUCGCCGGGAACCCCGGGCUGGACCUCUACCCGGCGCACCUCCGGGCCUCCAUCGACGAGGUCAAUGAACUGGUCUACGACGCCAUCAACAACGGCGUCUACAAGUGCGGAUUCGCCAAGAAGCAAGGGCCAUACGACGAGGCUGUGGCCAGAUUAUAUGAGGCUCUGGACAAAUGUGAGGAGAUACUUGGCAAGCAACGCUAUAUUUGUGGCAACCAGCUGACUGAGGCUGAUAUUCGCCUGUUUGUGACUCUCAUUCGAUUCGAUGAGGUCUAUGCCGUCCACUUCAAAUGCAACAAGAAGCUCCUGAGGGAAUACCCAAACCUGUUCAACUACACCAAGGACAUCUACCAGAUCCCUGGCAUUAGCAGCACUGUCAACAUGGAGCACAUCAGGAAGCACUACUACGGAAGCCAUCCGUCUAUAAACCCCUACGGGAUUAUCCCCGCUGGCCCCAACAUCGACUACAAUGCCCCACAUGACAGAGAGAGGUUUGGCGCGUGA